AUGCCGAAAGUUCGCGUUGAAAAAAAGUCUCGUGCUCGCGAUGGUGUUGCCAAACAAGGAAUUGUAUUCAACAAAGACUUCGGUCAACACAUUCUCAAAAAUCCUCUAAUUGUUACGACCAUGCUCGAAAAAGCGGCUUUACGUCCGACAGAUGUCGUACUGGAAAUCGGCCCCGGAACCGGAAAUAUGACCGUAAAAAUAUUGGAACAGGUCAAGAAAGUAGUCGCCUGUGAAAUUGAUACUCGUCUUGUAGCGGAACUCCAAAAGCGAGUUCAGGGAACUCAUCUGCAACCUAAACUACAGAUUCUUAUCGGAGAUGUGCUCAAGACUGAUCUGCCCUUUUUCGAUAUAUGCGUCGCCAACAUGCCCUAUCAAAUCAGCUCUCCAUUCGUAUUCAAAUUGCUGCUUCAUAGGCCGUUUUUCCGCUGUGCUAUUUUAAUGUUUCAGCGCGAGUUUGCUCAACGGCUUGUUGCGAAGCCCGGGGAUAAGCUUUAUUGUCGUUUAAGCAUCAACACUCAAUUACUCGCCCGAGUUGACAUGCUGAUGAAGGUGGGCAAGAAUAACUUUAAACCUCCGCCAAAGGUUGAAUCCAGUGUAGUGCGCAUCGAACCAAGGAAUCCGCCUCCACCUAUUAAUUAUACAGAAUGGGAUGGCUUAACACGAAUCGCUUUCCUGCGAAAGAAUAAAACACUAGCCGCAGCCUUCAAACAAACCACAGUUUUAGCUACGCUAGAGAGCAACUAUAAAUUACACUGUUCGCUUAAGAACAUACAGGUACCCCAGGAUCUCAACGUUAAGGAUAUGGUGGAGUCUAUACUUGAAAAGGUGGACGCUGGCAAUAAACGUGCUCGAUCAAUGGAUAUCGAUGACUUCAUGGUUGUUUUGCAGGCGUUCAAUGCAGAAGGGUUUCAUUUCAGUUAGACGUGGAUGAAGUGUGUUC